AUGGCUCAAAAUCAAUAUGCGGAAUUCGACCCCAACUCAGCGCCUCAAGUCGUGGUACACGAUGCUCCCGAGGUCAUGCAGAUGGGCAACCUCGGAACUGGCAACGACGGCGUCGUUGAACCGGCCUGGGACAAUUCAGUAGCCCAACCGCCCCAGGACAAUCCAGGAGCCCUAAAGGCCUUCUGCCAAAGCCUAGCCCGUCACAAGAAGAUCGUAAUCUCCAUCGUCGCCUUGCUACUGUUGGCCACUGUCCUUCCUGUCGUCAUUAUGAAGGCCAUUCUGAGGGCACAAUGGCCUCCGCCGAAUUCUCCGGGCAGCGGAAGCACGCCGACGACUUUCACAUCCGAAAUUUCGUCCUCCAUCCCCCUCCCAACACCCUCCUCUACUCUCGUCCCAGACGUCCAAGUCUCGUCUUCAGCAACAACGGAGAUUUGCCUGCAGGCCAAGGAGGACUAG